AAAAACUGCAUGAUAACAAUCUCGUUCCAUACAAAUAGAUACAAAAACAGACAAUACAUAAAUAAAAAUAAUUAACUGAAAAAUUAUAUAAUAAUUGACGCGGCCGCUAUGCUAUUUUGCUUUCACAUUGUUUAACACCAGAGGAUAGGCUGCAAGUGGUGGCCAUCAUCAUUACCUUACUGUCACCGCAGAUGGCUAUCACCGGCGCGUCCGGUUCCGACUCACCAGACGUCCAAGCUCCUCUCCUAUACGACACCGUCGAGGGCUCCGUUGAUUACAAAGGCCGUCCCGUUUAUAAAUCCAAUUCAGGCGGCUGGAGAUCUGCGUCUUUUAUAAUAGGAGUGGAGGUUGCAGAGAGAUUUGCCUUCUAUGGGAUAUCGUCGAACCUUAUUACGUAUUUGACCGGGCCACUUGGUCAGUCGACGGCUACUGCGGCGGAGAACGUCAACGCCUGGUCGGGAACGGCGUCGUUGCUGCCUUUGUUAGGUGCAUUUGUUGCCGAUUCAUUUCUUGGGAGAUUCCGUACCAUUGUUGUUGCCUCUCUUACCUACAUAUUGGGACUUGGCUUGUUGACUCUAUCAGCAAUGCUUCCUUCUUUCAGUGCUUCUGACUGCCCAAGCAUCAACAUUAUCGCCUCGUGUUCAGCUAAUCCAAUUCAGGUAGUCUUAUUCUUCUUUUCUCUAUAUUUGGUAGCACUUGCGCAAGGUGGGCACAAACCUUGCGUUCAGGCUUUUGGAGCGGAUCAGUUUGAUGGACAAGACCCUAAGGAGUGCAAGGCCAAAAGCUCAUUUUUCAAUUGGUGGUACUUUUGCAUGUGUAGUGGCACCCUACUAACACUACUAGUCUUAAAUUACAUCCAAGACAACCUUAAUUGGGCUCUUGGAUUUGGAAUUCCAUGUAUUAUGAUGGUCAUUGCACUUAUUCUCUUCUUACUUGGAACUAAGACAUAUCGCUAUAGUGUCAAAGUAGAAGAGAAAAGUGCAUUUCUAAGGAUUGGUAAGGUAUUUGUUGCAGCAAUUAAGAAUUGGCGAACUUCUUCUUCUGCAAUAGCUUUAGAGGAAGAAGCACGUGGAAUGCUGCCUCACCAACGUUCUGAGCAAUUCAAGUUCCUCAACAAGGCCCUGCUUGCACCAAAUGGCUCCAAGGAAAGUGGGAAGGUGUGUAGCCUUACUGAAGUUGAAGAAGCGAAGGCGGUACUUAGGCUUGUUCCAAUAUGGGCUACAUGCUUGGUAUAUGCUGUUGUGUAUGCACAGUCCUCAACUUUCUUUACCAAGCAAGGAGUAACUAUGGAUAGAUCAAUUUCCCUGAGUUUUGAAGUACCACCAGCUGCACUUCAAUCUUUUAUCAGCCUUGCCAUUGUCUUAUUCAUUCCAAUCUAUGACCGUGUUUUUGUUCCCAUAGCAAGGGCCUUGACUGGGAAACCUUCUGGCAUCACAAUGCUUCAGAGGAUUGGAACUGGAAUGUUUUUAUCUGUUCUGUCUAUGGCAAUUGCUGCUUUGAUUGAGAUUAAGAGGCUUGAAGUUGCUCGAGAAUAUGGGCUAAUUGAUAAGCCAAAUGUGACAGUUCCAAUGAGCAUUUGGUGGCUAGUUCCUCAAUAUGUCAUGUUUGGACUUGCUGAUGUAUUUACCAUGGUAGGUCUGCAAGAAUUCUUCUAUGAUCAGGUACCCAGUGAAUUAAGAAGUGUGGGUCUCUCUCUCUACCUCAGCAUCUUUGGUGUAGGAAGCUUUAUAAGCAGCUUUCUCGUCUCUGCCAUUGAAAAAGCUACUGGCGGGGAAGGCCAUGAUAGUUGGUUCGCUAAUAAUUUGAAUCGGGGUCAUCUUGAUUACUUCUAUUGGCUACUUGCUGCGCUAAGCAUUGUACAAUCGGUUGCUUAUUUGUAUUUUGCAAAGAAUUAUGUGUAUAAUAGGUGAGCACAGUAUAAAUGCAGUGAUUCUUGCUAUUAUUAUAAUUGAUGAACGUAGUCAGAGAUAUUUAUAUCUUCUUGAAAAAGAGAGAGAUCUUGUUGUAAGUACCUGUGGUGAAUCUGAAUCUGUAAGUGUACAACAAUUUGUAUAAUCAGCCAAAUUUACUGUUUUGUAUA